UUCCUCUUCAUACUAGCUGCUGUUUCUGACCCAGUAUGGGGAGAGAAAACUGGAAGAACAGAGCACAUGUGUGAUUUGAUGGCUGCCUUACUGAGCAUAAUGACCAAAAAAAUGCUAAUCAUGUCAAGUUUGAUAUGCGGAGGCAUUGCCUUUCUUCUUUGGGGAGUAUUGGGAUUAUUUCGACAAUUUAAAAGCUCAAGUACCUAUGAGAACAAGACAUGCACUGAAGCUGCAACUGUGUGUCCAAAAGACUGGAACCGAAUCAGUAAUUAUUGCUUCUUUCAGUUUGAACAUGAACAAACUUGGCUAGAUAGCCAGACAUCUUGCAUGACCUAUUAUGGAUCUCUGGCCAUAUUCAACUCCAAGGAAGAAGUGGAAACUUUGAUGCCUUAUCUGGGAUCUUCUUUUUAUUGGAUUGGACUGAAAAAGCAUGGUGCAAGAGAUCUUUGGAUGUGGACAAAUGGAAUUGCCUUCAAAAAUUGGUUUAAUAUUGAAGGAGGUGGAAACUGUGCCUACAUCUUUAAGACAGGCAUAAGCAGCGCCGACUGCGAUGAUGCCAAAAAACACAUAUGCAGCAGAAGAAGUUUUUGUCCUUAGGUAAAGAAUUUCCCCACAAAGGAAAUAAAGUGAUUAGAAAAGUUA